CUUCAAAAGACGAACAAGCCACAAAACAAGCACAUUCAAAGAAAAGAAACUUAGAAGAUGAAGCGGCACGUUGAUCUUCUCUCGCAAGAUGAUCUCCUCUUGUCAUCCCUGUUUGGCGAACGUGAAGAUGAUCGGAAAAAGAAGAAGGCCACUCCUGAAGUUACAGAUCCUGAAUUUGCUCAGGAAUUGCAGUUUCAGGAGGUUUUAGAAGUCUCCCGUGAGAUGAAUAUAAAACCUUCAGAAACAACUAUUGGGUCUUCUUCUUCUUCAGUGGAUGUAACUGAGGCAAAUCCAAACCCAAAUCAAAUGCAAAUCAUAGACCCGGUUGAGAUGGGUGUUCAAAAAGAUGAUGGUGACUCGUCAGAGAGCUUCUGUGAAAUCUGUGCAGAGAGAAAAGAGGCCAAAGAGAUGUUCAGCAUCAGGACCAUGUGUUCUCACACCUUUUGCUCUCUCUGCAUAAGCAGGCAUGUGGAGACCAAAGUCCUGGACAAUGUCACCACCAUCAAAUGCCCAGGUUUGGAGUGUGAGGGUGUCCUACAGAUUGAUUCCUGCAGGCAAAUCCUCCCCGAGAAUGUUCUCUACAUGUGGGAGAAAUCGAUGAGCGAGGCGAUGCUUCUCGAGUCGCAAAGCUUCUAUUGCCCUUUCAAUAACUGCUCGGCCCUUUUGAUCAAGGACAAUGAUGAUGGGCAGGUGAUUAGGGAGUGUGAGUGCCCAUAUUGCCAUAGGUUAUUCUGCGCCGAGUGCUCCGUGCCGUGGCACGCUGGCGUGUCGUGCGAGGAGUUUCGUUCACUGAAUGAGGAUGAGAGAGGGAGCGAGGAUCUCAUGGUGAGGGAGCUUGCGAAGGAGAAGAAAUGGAAGAGAUGCCCCAACUGCAAAUUUUAUGUGGAGAGGACACAGGGUUGUGCUCACAUCACCUGCAGGUGCCAGUUUCAGUUUUGCUAUGGAUGUGGAUCAGAAUGGACUCAAACUCAUGGUGGUUGCGGAAGAAACUAAGGAGCAGAAGGUACAGGAAAGAAGACCUAAACAUGUAUAUGAUCAAUUGCAUCUGAAUUUACCCGUCAAUUUGGAAUCCAAUUCGGGAUUUUCCUUGGGAGGUAUCGGGAAGGAAUUGGAAUAGAAUAAUAAAGCUUGUUAUACAGUGUAGUAAUGAUGUGAUCGACAUUUUAUGGUGAAGCAAUAUAUGGUCAGUAAACGUGCUCUAUGUUAUUUUCUGGUGUGCUUUGUUCAUGUUUGAGCUUUCAGUCACCUGUCCAUCUCUUUUUCAAGAAUUUCACUGAAGAUCAUUCAAUACAAGUCACUGUAGCAAAUAUAGAUCAAUUUCACAGCG